UAAAAUGGCGGCAAUACUGUCGCUUUGCGAGUACGCUAGCAGCGACGACGAUGAUUCUGCGAAGAACGAUGUUUCGGUUGAAAAACCAGACAAAUUUCUUCUUCCAAAAUCAUCGUCGAUCAUAUCCCUUCACAAGAAAUACCAGCUUAACGCGGCGCCAGAUGUUGCUAUUAAGGAAUCUGUCUGCGGUGUCAAGCCAGUGGACCCGAACAGCAAAGAGCUCAUGUACAAUCCGAAGUUUGAAAACCUCUUCGCUCCAGUCGUGGGGCCAGAGAACCCCUUCAAAACACAGCAGCAAAAGGCCUUCAAAAACACCCUAGCUGGUUAUGUGGAGCCGGCACAUGUCAACGAUUUCCAUUUUGAGUCUCAGAGGCUCACGUUCAGCAGUUUCGGUUAUGCCCUAGACCCUACUGCUGAUGGCUCGAUGGAUGAGGGCCACCGAAUGAUUGGUUCGUCCGACUCUGCGUCUUCGAGCAAUGCGGCCACUGUCUUUGAGAAGACGAAAUCCAGGGCUGGCGACAAGAGAAAAAAAGUAAAGAACAAUGACCCCGCCGACAUCGAGGGCUUCUCCGGUCCCUGGGCGCCCUUCCAGGAUGAGAAACGCAACCUCAAGCCCACAGACGAGGAACAGGAGGAGUUGGACGAGAUCAUGUCCAAGCGAAACAAACGGGGUAGGCGUGCAGAAGAGAAACCCAUGGAGGAGAAGACUGUCCUUCACAUCAAGGACCCGUACGACUACCAGGGCCGUUCGUUCCUGCACGUGCCCCAGGACGUCGGGGUGAACCUGCGGUCGAGCGAGCCCCCCGAGAAGUGCUUCCUACCGAAGAAGCUGAUCCACACCUGGUCGGGCCACUCCAAGGGCCUCUCGGCCAUCCGCUGGUUCCCCCGCUCCGCCCACCUGCUCCUCUCUUGCUCCAUGGACUGCAAAGUCAAGUUGUGGGAAGUCUACAACGAGCGGAGAUGCAUCCGGACAUACAGCGGCCAUCGGCAGGCCGUGCGGGACAUUGCCUUCGACAACAAGGGCGAGCGGUUCCUGUCAGCCGGCUACGACCGAUACGUCAAGCUGUGGGACACAGAGACAGGCGAAUGCGUAUCGAGGUUUACUAACCGGAAGGUGGCCUACUGCGUCAAGUUCAACCCCGACAACGACAAGCAAAACCUGUUUGUGGCCGGAACCUCGGACAAGAAGAUUGUCUGCUGGGACAUAAGAAGCAAGGAGAUUGUGCAAGAGUAUGACCGCCACCUGGGAGCCGUGAACACUAUCACCUUUGUGGACGACAACCGUCGCUUCGUCUCCACCUCGGACGACAAGAGCAUGCGCGUCUGGGAGUGGGACAUUCCUGUGGACAUGAAGUACAUCGCCGACCCCUCCAUGCAUUCCAUGCCUGCCGUCACCCUUGCCCCCAAUGGCAAGUGGCUUGCAUGCCAGUCCAUGGACAACAAGAUCAUGAUCUUCUCGGCACUGAACCGCUUCAAGCUGAACAGGAAAAAGACCUUCGAAGGACACAUGGUGGCUGGUUAUGCCUGUGGCCUGGACUUCUCUCCAGACAUGAGCUACCUGAUCUCGGGAGAUGCAGACGGCAAGCUGUACAUCUGGGACUGGAAGACCACGAAGCUGUACAACAAGUUCAAGGCCCAUGACGCCGUGUGCAUCGGUGCCCUCUGGCACCCCCAUGAAACAUCCAAGGUGGCCACCGCCGGCUGGGACGGCACCAUCAAGUUCUGGGACUGAGCCAAGUUCCAACGACCGGCUUUGGUCUUGGUCACACUGAAAGUGCCAUGAGGUGUGAUGCAUGUAAAUAAAACUCUCUUGUACAUUUUA